CUAAACUUUCUCUCUCUUUCUAAUUUUAUUCGUGCAUUUUCUUUGCAGUCUAAUCAGUAUCUGAAGGUCCAAGUUUUGUUGCUCUGUAUCAUUUUCAUUUUUCCUCUUCUUCAAUUGGGAUGAAUCGAUUUCUACAGCUGCGGAACCGUAAACGGUAAUAAGUGGCAUUUGAUAUUCAAGUACAUCGAUUGGUUUCAGGAACUGAUACGAAAUUAAUAAGUACUGGUAGUCUCCAACUCUCUAGUGCUGCAAAACUGGUUUGUUCAAAAAGUUGGCCUUGCGAGUAUUUAUUCCUCUGGAGAUGGAGAUGUCAUCCGAGGAAAUUUUGAAGGUUGUGUUCCCUCUUCUAGAAGGUAGAGAUCUGGCGACGUGUAUGUCAGUUUGCAAGCAGUGGAGAGAGAUUGCUCAAGACGACUACUUAUGGAAAUGCUUGUGUGCAAAUCGAUGGCCAUCUGUCUGCAAGCAGUCAUCCCCUCCUAUUUUGUCUUAUCACAAACUAUUCAAGUCGUUUUAUAAACGCAAGAGGAAUAGAACCCUGCUUCCACCGAAACUAUCUUUGAAGGAUUUGGAGUUUUAUAUUGACAUUUGGACUGAAGAAAAACUCAUGUUCUCGGAAGUGGUUCCGGGACCCGUACUCCAAAAGGGGUCCUGGACACCACCAAAUGGAAUCUCUGAUGUUCUUAGGUUGCACUUGACGAGCCCGGACUACAAGAUGACAUUUCCAAUGCAACCUAGGUUUAACAUCCCUUUGGGUCAGACUGUCAGCGUGUCUGUAUUUGUAGGCCGAAGGGAUACCCAGAAAGUUGCUUGCAUCAUAAACAAGUCUAUUUGUGAUUAUAUAGAUCGCUCCACAUUCCGGGCCCUGGCAUUUGAUUACCUCGACUUUUCACCUGCACACCCUUUUGUGUCGGGUAUUAGGGCGUGGAUUUCUUUGCUAUUUAUGGACCAUGGUAAUGAAAGUGACAUUGAUGUUUUUGGGAUUGAGCUGGAUUUCUGCGAUGCUGCAAACUCAGAGGACCAGGUGCUGUGGCUCCUCGAUAUGCUCGAUUGGAAGUAAAUAUCAGUAUAUAUCAACUAUAGUUUGCCUAAUGGCCAAAGUCACCUCUCUGGUAUAGCUACUGUUUAGAACAAAUCUUGUGUGUAUAUUCUCUUUGUUUUUCGUAUUUGAAUAAUUAUGUAAUGCAGUUGAGUUGUGAUCAAUGUUUGUGGCCAUUGACUGACUGCAAAUUCCAUUAUUUGGAUUUUAAAGGAAACAGUUUCCCUUUCUUUUA